UCUUUUGUACCCUCCCUCCCCACAAAUCCAACUUCCACUUACUCUUCGAAUCUUACUUCCUUCAUCAUUCCAUCUCUUCUCCUUCCUCCCUUCCAAGCCGACAGCUCCGAUCGAGCAGGAAAAAAUGUUGCAGAAAGUCAUGGAAACUUGCUGUGUGCAGCCCAGAGAUGUUGCCAUCCUCGAGAAUGGCAGCACCAGCAGUAGCAAUAAGAUCAUGGGGACGGUUGUUUUGAUGAAGAAGAACGUUCUGGACCUGCACGACGUCAAAGCUUCGUGCCUCGAUCGAAUUCAUGAGCUUCUCGGCAAAGGCAUCUCCAUCCACCUUAUCAGCUCUGUUCAUCCGGAUCCAGGUCAGCCCUUUUCUCCUUUCCUCUCCCCCCUGCAUUGAAUAGAAUGCACCCAUCAAUGAAAAAGUUUCUUGAAUGAAAACAAAAAAGGAAAAGACUUUGGUAUCUUCUUCUGGUAUUCCCCAGUCCCAAUCCAACAGACUUUCUACGAGCCAUUUCAAAGCUCGCUCCUGUUUCUUGUUUGCUUAUCAACGUAGACAAAGGUAACUACGGUGGUGUUUGCUGGCAAUUUCCUCCAGAGAAUGGAUGGAGGGGCAUGAUUGGGAAAGCAGCCUUCUUGGAGAAAUGGGUUCACAGGACGACACCUUUAACAGCUACUGAGACUAGUUUUUCCAUUACCUUCAAUUGGGAUCACUCCACCAUGGGCGUAGCUGGAGCUUUCAUCAUCAGAAACCAUCACCACAGUUAAUUCUACCUCAAGACCUUAACUUUAGACGAUUUCCCGGGCCAUGGCUGAAUUCAUUUCAUCUGCAAUUCAUGGGUCUAUCCUGCUCACAGAUACAAAUAGGACCGCGUUUUCUUCUCAAACAAGGUAAUACAAUCGAUCUCUUUGAAAGUUCCUAGGAACUCUCUGGCAGCAACUUUUUCCAAUGUUAUUGUGCCAUUAAGUGCACAAUGAUUCGACUUCAUAGCCACUUUUGCUUUUGCCAUUAAAGGACUCAACUUUAGUGUUUGUGCAUGACAAUAUUGUCUCCCAAUAUGACGAUUAGAAUAGUAGGAGUUUUAAGAUUAACCUAAACUUGCAAAAUAAACAAACUCUAGUUAAUGGGUUAGUAAAAUAUUCUCCAUCUCCUAACAACCAUUUUUGUCAAAUUCUGUCUGGGUUCAGACAUACCUACCAUGUCAAACGCCAGAACCAUUGCGCCAAUUGAGAGAACAAGAACUUGUUAACCUGAGAGGAAAUGGGAAAGGACAGCUGAAAGAAUGGGACAGAGUUUAUGACUAUGCUUACUACAAUGAUCUGGGUAGUCCAGAUAAGGGUGAAGCCUAUGCGCGCCCUGUUCUUGGUGGAUCCAAGGAGUAUCCCUAUCCCAGAAGAGGAUGAACAGGACGAAAGCCAACCAAAAAAGGUUAGAAAAUGGUGUCAAAUCAUCUAAACUUUUCUAAGUUCUACUAGACACCUUAACCUGGUUUUGCAUGUGUUCAUGACAGAUCACAAGUCAGAGAGCAGAUUGCCACUUCUAAGCCUGGACAUAUACGUACCUAGGGAUGAACGGUUUGGACAUGUGAAGUUCUCAGAUUUCUUAGCAUAUGCUCUGAAAUCUAUUGCUCAAGUACUUCUCCCGGAGAUUUCGUCUAUAUGCGACAAGACGAUCAAUGAAUUCGAUUGUUUCGAGGAUGUUUUUGACCUCUAUAAUGGCGGCAUCAAGCUGCCAGGUAAGGCCACUGUAAGCAAAGUAAGAAAUCGCAUACCUUGGGAAUUACUGAAGGAACUUGUUCGCAAUGAUGGUGAGAGGUUUCUCAAGUUCCCCAUUCCUGAAGUAAUCAAAGAGGACAAGUCUGCAUGGAGGACUGAUGAAGAGUUUGCUCGAGAGAUGCUUGCUGGUGUCAACCCAGUCAUCAUCAGCCGCCUACAAGAGUUCCAACCAGCUAGCCAGCUAUACCCUAAACAAUACGGAAACCAGCAUAGCACAAUAAAAAAGGAAGACAUCGAAGUCAACAUGAAUGGACUCACCGUCGACCAAGCAAUAGAAAGCAACAGGCUGUUCAUAUUGGACCAUCACGAUGCACUGAUGAUAUACUUGAGGAAGAUAAACUCGACCAACACAAAGACUUACGCCACCAGAACGAUUCUGUUCCUUCAAGACGAUGGAACAUUGAAGCCAUUAGCAAUCGAACUGAGCCUCCUACAUCCUCAGGGGGACUAUCGUGGUGCAGUCAGCAGAGUAUUCACUCCAGCAGAAGAUGGAACAGUCGAUGGCUCAAUUUGGCAGCUAGCCAAAGCUUAUGCCGCAGUGAAUGAUUCUGGAUAUCAUCAGCUGAUCAGUCACUGGCUGAACACUCAUGCUGUGAUUGAACCUUUCAUAAUUGCGACGAACAGGCAGCUGAGCGUUCUCCACCCGAUCCACAAGCUUCUGCAGCCACAUUUCUGUGACACGAUGAACAUAAAUGCACUGGCAAGACAGAUUCUGAUCAAUGCUAGUGGGAUGCUGGAAAUCACUGUGUUCCCAGCAAGAUACUCCAUGGAAAUAUCUGCUGUUCUGUAUAAGAAUUGGGUCUUCACUGAACAGGCACUCCCUGCCGAUCUUAUAAAGAGAGGCAUAGCAGUGCCAGACGAAACCAAGCCACAUGGCCUCAAGGUUCUGAUAGAGGACUACCCAUAUGCAGUCGAUGGGCUGGAGAUAUGGUCAGCAAUCGAGACAUGGGUACAGGAAUACUGCGACUUCUACUACCCAACAGACGAAUUAGUCCAAACCGACGAGGAACUCCAAUCGUGGUGGUUAGAGCUACGCAACGAAGGCCACGGAGACAAGAGAGACGAGCCAUGGUGGCCCAAAAUGCAGACAAGAGUCGACCUCAAACAAACAUGCACAAUCAUCAUAUGGGUAGCUUCAGCGCUCCACGCAGCAGUGAAUUUCGGGCAGUACCCUUAUCCAGGCUUCCUUCCCAACCGUCCCACAAUUAGCCGGCGGUUCAUGCCGGAGCCGGGGACGCCGGAGUACCGGGAGCUGGAGCAAGACCCGGAGUUGGGUUAUUUGAAGACGAUUACAGCACAGUUACAGACUUUGCUUGGGGUAUCGCUAAUCGAGAUUCUAUCGAGGCAUUCGACGGACGAGAUUUACCUUGGGCAGAGGGAGAGCGACGAGUGGACCUGCGAUGAGGAACCGCUGGCGGCGUUCAGGCGAUUUGGGAAGAGGUUAAUGGGGAUCGAGGGGCGGAUUACGGAAAUGAAUAGUAAUCCGAAAUUGAAGAACAGAGUUGGGCCGGUGAAGGUUCCUUAUACGUUGUUGUCCCCGAAUACAUCGGAUUACUCGAGGGAAGGUGGGCUUACUGGGAAAGGGGUUCCAAAUAGUAUCUCCAUCUGAAGAAACAGAGGCGAAAGAGAUGAAAAGAUUGCUCCUUUUAUUUUUUACUGGGUCUGACGAAAUAAUAACAUAACCCAAUUCUUUUUCUUAUGUAUUUUUCGUACCCAUGUACAGAAGGUUGAUUGAGGUAGCUGAAUUCCGGUUGUGGUUUGUAAGAAUGUAAUUGAACACUUGUGUAGCUUUUGCUAAUUGAAAGGAAGCGUGUUCAUACAUGUGAAUUUUUAGUCCUAGGGUUACCGGCGACUGCCGUAGUUGAAAAGACGAGUGCCAGAGGUAAUCGGAAGGUCUUUUAUGAUGAAGUUGGCCGGCGAGUGAUGUCUAUCUUGCAUUUUGGUCGUUAGUCGUUGCGGCAGAAGUGAUUGCUGCUGUUGAACGUAGAAAGGGAUUUACAGUUGACCCUCAGAAACGGUCGGUCAAGGCGAUGGUGCAAAAACGGACGUUAGGGUUCAUCGCGAUUGGGAAGUAAUUGACAACAGAAAAAGCAUUCGGCCCUCUAAAUUCACCGGAAACCCCAUGGAUGAAUGAAUAUUGGGUUAAGUG